UGGGUUAUAGCAGAAGAAAUGAUUAUAUCAGAGGUAUUAAUAAAAGAAAAAGGUCACCAAUUUGCACAAGCACUUGCUAUACCUGAAGAAUCAUUUGCAUUUUCAAAUAAGUGGAUUACUAGAUUUAAGAAACAUAAUGGAUUAAAAAAAAUUGUAAUGUAUAGCGAGAUAGCAAAAACAAAUAAUAUACCCAAAGUUCAAGAUGAUACUAAGGAAUUAUUAUUAGAAAAAGAUUCUACUAAAGAAAUUGAAGAUCAACAAGAACCCCAGAGAGAACCACAAGGAAGGUCCUGA